UGGUAAAAGUUAGAUUGGUCACUUUAACUACAGCAAAGAAACACCGAAUACUGAAGACCGCUGUUAAAGAGGAAAAUAAUCUCUUUAUUUUGAAACGACCUUUGAUUGACGCAUUUUAGGAAUUAUAUCACGUUUCCUGGAUUUGUUGCUGUUUGAAACGCGUGGAAGGUAAAAGAGUACGUGAAAAAAUGAAGUCAGCUGCAAUCUUUUUGCUUCUGAUGCUGUGGAGCUGCGAGAGCGCGAGAGUCGCAGAAAGUCGAGACGACAACAGUGUUUUCGAUCUGUUUGAGCUCGUCCAAGUGCCGAGGAAGAACCACGGGGUGACUCUGGUGAAAGGCGACGACCCAUACAGCCCCGCCUACAAGAUCCUGAACCCCGACCUGAUCCCCCCGGUUCCCGAGAGCGCCUUCAGGGACCUAAUCGAUUCCAUUCACGCGGAGAGAGGAUUUCUGUUCCUGGUCAAUUUCAAGCAGUUCAAACACACCAGGGGAAGCCUUUUGACCGUGGAGAAGAAAGAUGGCUCCGGACCCGUAUUCGAAAUCGUUUCCAACGGGAAAGCCAACACUCUGGACAUCGUUUUUUCCACUGAAAACAAGCAACAGGUCGUGUCCAUCGAGGAAGCGGAUUUGGCGGUGGGACAUUGGAAAAACAUCACCCUUUUCGUGCAGGAGGACAGGGUUCAGUUCUAUGUGGGAUGUGAGGAGGUGAAUACAGCGGAGCUCGAUGCUUCUAUCCAGACUAUCCUCACUCAGGAGAUCCCAGGCGUGGCGAGCCUGAGGAUUGGCAAGGGUGCAGUGAAGGACAGGUUCAUGGGGGUGCUUCAAAACGUGCGUUUUGUGUUCGGAACUACACUUGAAGCAAUUCUGAGGAAUAAAGGAUGCCAUAACUCAAUUAUGACUGAUAUCAUCACACUUGACAAUCCCAUAAAUGGAUCCAGACCUGCAAUCAGGACUGAUUACACUGGCCACAAAACAAAAGAUCUGCAGAUGAUAUGUGGCUUUUCAUGUGAGGACCUAGCUGCCAUGUUCAAGGAACUAAAAGGUCUUGGUGUGGUGGUGCAAGAGCUGUCCAAUGAACUCCGCAAAGUGACGGAUGAGAAAAACAUGCUCAUGAGUCGCAUGGGCAUUCAUGCUGGUGUCUGUCUUCACAAUGGAAUUGUGCACAAAAACAAGGAAGAAUGGACAGUGGAUGAUUGCACAGAGUGCACUUGCCAGAACUCUGCAACAGUGUGCCGCAAGAUUUCAUGUCCCCUAAUACCAUGCGCAAAUGCCACAGUGCCUGAUGGGGAGUGCUGCCCUCGAUGUGGAACCCCGAGCGACUCCGCUGAGGAUGGCUGGUCCCCCUGGUCUGAAUGGACCCAUUGUUCUGUGUCCUGUGGAAGGGGCAUUCAGCAGCGUGGUCGCUCCUGUGACCGCAUCAAUAACAACUGUGAGGGCACGUCAGUGCAGACGAGAGACUGCUACCUUCAGGAGUGUGACAAGCGCUUUAAGCAAGAUGGCAGCUGGAGUCACUGGUCACCUUGGUCUUCCUGCUCAGUGACGUGUGGUGCUGGUGUUAUCACGCGCAUCCGUCUCUGCAACUCCCCAACACCUCAAAUGGAAGGCAAAGAUUGCCAGGGUGAAGGUCGGCAAACUGAGAGAUGUGAGAAGUCACCAUGUCCGAUCAAUGGUGGCUGGGGACCAUGGUCACCCUGGGAUACUUGCUCUGCCACCUGUGGUGGUGGUGUCCAAAACCGUAAACGUCUUUGCAAUAACCCCGUACCCAUGUAUGGCGGCAAAGACUGUGUGGGAGAAGCAAAGGCCAGCCAGCUUUGCAACAAACAAGCCUGUCCAAUUGAUGGAUGCCUUUCAAAUCCAUGCUUUGAAGGAGCCCAGUGUACAAGCUUCCCAGAUGGCUCUUGGAAAUGUGGAAAAUGCCCCACAGGAUAUUCUGGCAAUGGAAUCAACUGCAAGGAUAUCGAUGAGUGUAAGGAGGUCCCUGAUGCCUGCUUUGAAUUUAAUGGAGUCCAUAGGUGUGAGAACACAGUGCCAGGCUACAACUGCCUGCCGUGCCCCUCUCGCUACACCGGUCCACAGCCGUUUGGUCGAGGAGUGGAGGACGCUGCUUCCAAGAAACAGGUGUGCACGCCUCGCAAUCCCUGUCUCGAUGGAAGCCACGACUGCAAUAAGAAUGCUCGCUGCAACUACCUGGGCCAUUUCUCAGACCCCAUGUACCGCUGUGAGUGCAAACCUGGCUUUGCUGGAAAUGGACACAUCUGUGGAGAGGACACUGAUCUUGAUGGCUGGCCUAAUGCUGAUCUUGUGUGUGUCGAGAAUGCAACCUAUCAAUGCAAGAAGGACAACUGCCCUAAUCUUCCCAAUUCUGGGCAAGAGGACUAUGACAAAGAUGGAAUUGGUGAUGCUUGUGAUAAUGAUGACGACGACGAUGGCGUUCCUGAUGACAGGGACAACUGCCCACUCAUCUUCAACCCAAGACAGUAUGACUAUGAUCGCGAUGACGUGGGAGACCGCUGCGAUAACUGUCCAUACAACAGCAACCCAGACCAGACUGACACUGACAACAAUGGUGAAGGUGACGCCUGUGCUGUGGACAUUGAUGGAGAUGGUAUUUUGAAUGAGAACGACAACUGCCCAUAUCUGUACAACGUCGACCAGAAAGACACCGAUCUCGAUGGAGUUGGUGACCAGUGUGACAACUGCCCUCUGGAACACAACCCAGACCAGCUUGACUCUGAUUCUGACCGUGUCGGAGACAAAUGUGACAGCAACCAGGAUAUCGAUGAGGACGGUCACCAAAACAACAUGGACAACUGCCCAUACAUCCCUAAUUCUAACCAGGCUGAUCACGACAAGGAUGGUAAAGGAGAUGCUUGUGACUAUGAUGAUGAUAAUGAUGGCAUCCCUGAUGACAAAGACAACUGCAGAUUGGUUCCCAAUCCAGAUCAACUGGAUUCUGAUGGCGAUGGACGUGGUGACGCCUGUAAAGAUGACUUUGACCAAGACAAUGUCCUAGAUAUCUAUGAUGUCUGUCCAGAGAACUUUGACAUCAGUGAAACCGACUUCCGUAAAUUCCAGAUGGUUCCUCUUGAUCCCAAGGGGACUUCUCAGAUCGACCCCAACUGGGUGGUUCGGCACCAAGGAAAAGAACUGGUUCAGACAGUCAACUGCGACCCCGGCAUUGCUGUUGGUUUUGAUGAGUUUAAUUCAGUCGACUUCAGUGGAACAUUCUUCAUCAACACGGAUAGGGAUGAUGACUACGCCGGCUUCGUUUUCGGAUACCAGUCCAGCUCUCGCUUCUACGUGGUCAUGUGGAAGCAAAUCACACAGACCUACUGGUCCAGCACACCUACCAAGGCACAGGGUUACUCAGGGCUGUCAAUCAAAGUGGUUAACUCCACCACAGGGCCAGGCGAGCAUCUGAGGAAUGCCCUCUGGCACACCGGAGACACUUCAGGACAGGUGCGCACACUGUGGCACGACCCAAAGAAUGUGGGAUGGAAAGACUUCACUGCUUACAGAUGGCACUUGACUCAUAGACCAAGAACUGGGCACAUAAGAGUGGUCAUGUAUGAAGGCAAAAAGAUCAUGGCAGAUUCUGGAAGAAUUUAUGACAAAACAUACGCAGGUGGAAGACUGGGUCUCUUUGUCUUCUCACAAGAGAUGGUGUACUUCUCAGACCUCAAAUAUGAAUGCAGAGAUGUGUAAUUGCACAGACAGGAAGUUGAUCAAAGAAUGCACCUUUCCGUAUAAAUAUGUAUUCCAGGCAAAGUCCAGGGACCGAUUUGACGCUACUUUUUCUGCUGCCGCUCACAUACUGAUGGAGCAAGAAAGCAGGGAGUUAAUUUCAAAUGUAAUUGUCACUGGUUGAGAUAGAAACCAAGUGGCUUCCGAUGCAGAAUCUGGACUCCUCCACCAUUAGCAGGCAGAGCAGAAGAAGGUCUCCCUCGCUUUGCUUAACUGGCAAGACUGAGAUCUCUUUCUGAAAAACCUCAUUCGGCUCUGUGUGGGAAGAGCUCCCUACAGACAGCUAUGCACUUCAAAACCUUUACACACUCUCUCUCUCUCUCUCUCUCUCUCUCACAUGUGUUUUCAUGCUCUCUUCCUAAACAGGUGUCCAAAUUAUGGAUAACUUAGAGAAAGCACAACCCUUUAAAAAAUAGAUUACUAUUACAAUAUUCAGUAUUUUAUCAAAACUUUAAACCAUUUUCUUGACAACAACAACAACAAAAGAGUUGUGAAUGUUUAAUGUAUUUAAGCAACAACAAAUGGAUUAAAAACAUUGUAUAAGUAAAAUAAUACUAUUUUUGUUUUUGCUGACAGUCUAAGCAGGUGAUUUUACAAGGACAAAUAUGUAGUUUAUUGAUUUGUAUCUAAAUUUCAUCUAUUUAAAGUUUCGCUUAGCAGUCACCUCUUAAGUAUCAUGAACACCCAUUGAGGUCUGGCGGGAGAUAACUUAUGGUUUAGCGGGGAUAGUUUUCUCAGGGCUAGAUGGUUAAACCAUUUUAACAUAUUCAUUAGAAAUGGCAUAAUGAAAGGUUGUAUGAAGAGGAAUUGGACAGACCAAGGUUUAAAGACUCACCACAUAUGGAUACUAGAUUACCAAGUACUCUAGUGUGAGAUUUAUUUUUGAGAUGCUAAUAUCUAAGUUGAGUUUAAGUCAUUUAAACUUUUUCUAUAUAUAUGUAGCACUUAUUAAACACUUUAAGUGCUGUGAUUUUGCUUCAAGAAGCACAAGCGAGGGUAUUUCUAAAGAUUGUCCUCACUAAAAACAACUAUUUCAACAUUUAAAAGAAACCAAGGUUCUGUCUAAAACUACUCAUCCAGACCUUUCCGGUCAAGAACCAUUCAUCCGUCUUCCAAAGGAGAUGAUCUUCUGACCUGUUUGCCUUUUCUGUAGAGAGAGAGAUAAAGGAAAAAUUUAAUGUACAAAUAUUACCUCAUUGCUGUUUUGUAUUUUAAAGCUUAAAAGUACUUUUUCCUUUGCUUCGAGAAAACAAAUUGGUUGCUUUAUUGCUACUGUAGCACAAGUUGUAAAUAGUAUAUAGAACAAACAGCCAGCCCCACAUCCCAAUGGAAAAUAGAGGCAAACAACAUUUUUUUAAGGAUUGCAUUUGCCAGUGCUUCAAAUGUCCAGUACUUUUUAAGUUGAUAAAUUAUUGCUUUAUUUGUUGUCUCUGUUUGUAAGACUGUUUCAUAUGUGUGUGUGUGUGUAGAUAAAUGCUAUUUAAAUAAUUUAUCAUGGAGUGCCACAUGAGAAAGAGGCAUUUCCAUCUGUAUAAACAGUUUGCACACUGACUUGAGGAUGUUCUGUUCUUCAUUGUUUGUCUCUUUUUUGUGUUGUUAUUUUUGUACGAUUAGUGAUGCUUGACUGUAAACAUUUUUACUUAGUUAAACAAUGCAGAAUGCUAUUUUUAUGCAUAGCGAUUAUUUUGGUACAUACUUCGGAAUAAUAAACAGAUAAUAGAUGUAAAACA